UCAGCCUUGCAUUGUGGGAUUGACUCUGAAGAUCGCUAUAACAACCGUGGGGGGGAAAGAAUUAGAUAUCAUAAAAGUAAUGAAUUAAAUGCUGCUCCCGGGGGGUUUAAUGCAGUAUAACGUAAACAUGCCUCCGUUUAUAAUCUGUUUAGUCAUAUAGCCAAGUUUGCAGCGGGACGUGAUUUGUUUUGGUAGCGGGGAAUUCAAUAUUAAUUACUAACACGUUCAGAUAAGGGGAAACGCUUCCAUUCGCCUGUACGCUUUUUUUUAGUACAUGUACUUAUACUUCCCGUGUAUUCGCUUAGCCAGAGCUACAAGUCUAAACACAUUCUCCGUGUUUCUAGUGCUUUGUUUUUAUCAGUCCAGUCUGUCAAAAUAAAGGCAAGACACUGGGGGAAAGCAAAGCCCAGCUUGUACUGCCGCUGCACCGGCUUGCCUUUCCGUCUCUUUAAACUUGCUCCACUUGGCUCUCUGGAUAAGAAGUUCCCGUGAAAUCAGAAGUGAGUUCAAAGGUGAAGAAUGGCUUCCUCGUCCGGAAACGACGACGACCUCACCAUCCCGAGGGCGGCCAUCAACAAGAUGAUUAAAGAAACGCUUCCCAACGUGCGAGUGGCCAACGACGCCCGGGAGCUGGUGGUGAACUGCUGCACCGAGUUCAUCCACCUCGUCUCCUCUGAGGCCAAUGAGAUCUGCAACAAGUCCGAGAAGAAAACCAUCUCCCCGGAGCAUGUCAUCAACGCACUUGAAAGUCUCGGUUUUGGAUCCUACAUAGCGGAAGUGAAGGACGUUUUGCAGGAAUGUAAGACAGUCGCGCUGAAGCGGAGAAAGGCCAGUUCACGUCUGGAAAAUCUCGGCAUCCCAGAAGAGGAGCUUCUCCGCCAGCAGCAGGAGUUAUUCGCCAAGGCACGGCAGCAGCAGGCUGAGCUCGCCCAGCAGGAGUGGCUGCAGAUGCAACAGGCGGCACAGCAGGCUCAGUUAGCAGCAGCAGCAGCUUCAGCCACCGCAGCUCAACAUGCCCGGUCCUCCCAGGAAGAUGAUGAAGAGGAUGACAUGUGAUCCCUCUCCCUCUCCCUCUCCCUCUCCCUCUCUCUCUCUCUCUCUCUCUCUCUCUCUCUCCACUCGCAGUAUCCGUUUAUAUUGACUUUUUAGAAAAUACCAUGGCCAGACGGCUGUUUUAUUUGGCCCUCCCUUUAUGUCAAAAUAGCGUUCGAUUUUUUUUUUCCCCCCUCCUUUUAUUUUUAAGAGACAUAUUUCUUCAUGAAUUCCUGCUUUUCUUUCAGUCAGUUAAAAUGUUUUAAGGCGCCAUAUUGUAUGUGCAUCAUUGUUUUUGGACUUUGAGCCCUAUGAUAUAUUGGCGGCAGCAGGAUGCGUUAUGUUUAUUCUCAGUUUGGUGCAGGAAAUGAGUGUUUAAACUCAAAUGCCUCCUUUUUUAGGUGUCCUGUAGAUUUCUUGCUUUUUGUUUUUGUAUAAUAGUUAUGAGUUGAAAUCUUUCUUUCUUUUUUUUUUUUUUCUUGAGAAUUGAUUUUUACAGCAAUGGUUCCUUCCCUGUCCUGCUCUGUGUGUUAGGCAGAGAGCUGAGCUGGGUUGUAAAGUAGGACUUUUUUUGUUUCGUUUUAGUUCAAGUUGGUAAGAGUACAGACUAUGUAGGAUGCAGCUUUUGUCUGGCCUGUGUUCAGAACAGUAUUGAAAGGAGAACUACAGAAUAAUAUCUGUCUCUUUAGUACCAAAGAUAGAGAUGAAACUUCAGCCACCAGAUAGUCUUAAGAAACCUCUGGACAGUUUUACACUCUUUACUGAAAGAAACUCUGGUCACUGAACUACACCACCGUCGGUGUCCCUAUACUGAUAGCAACUAUCAAACUAUAAAAUGUUUUUCAUAUCCGAGCAGAAGGUUUUUGUUCCUCUGUAUCUCUCUGGUGCAAUGUGUAGAAGUUACAUUGUAAAUGUGUGGUCAAUUCUUAUCUUGUGAAGAUUGGUAAGUUUUAGUUGAGGCACGUGUCCACAUGGCUUUGCAGGAGCUGUAAGCUGUAUUCUCUAAGCAAUAAAAGUCAAAAUGUUUUAUAAA